AUGGAGGCUGAGCUGGGAGUCGGAGUGGUGGUCGUGGCUGUAGGAUUGUACAUCGCGAGCUCACUUUAUCUGCUACAUAACCCACUUCUUCUCCAUAAGAAAAAAUCUUUAGCCUUUUACAGCAGGCACAUUUCUCACAGAGGCGGUGCAGGUGAGAGGAUAGAAAACACUAUGGAGGCUUUUACACAUGCAGUACAAGUGGGAACGGAGAUGCUGGAGCUGGACUGUAAUUUAACUCUAGACGGUUAUGUUGUGGUGUGCCAUGACAAAAACCUUAAAAUACUGACAGGAUCUGAUGUGAACAUCUCUUCAGUUAAGUUUCAGGACUUGCCACUCUAUAAAGAGAAGCUUGAGGUGAUAUUCAGUGCUGGGCAAUACAGUACAGGGAAGGACAGGAGAAUUGCCCUGCUCGAGGACGUCUUCAAGAAAUUCCCCCAAGUGCCAAUCAACAUCGAGGUUAAACAAAACAAUGACCUGCUGGUACAAAAGGUUUCUGAUCUGGUGAAAAAAUAUGACAGGGAAACCAUCACUGUCUGGGCCUCUGAUGAUUCUGAAAUCAUGGCAAAAUGCCGAAAACAGAACCCCUAUAUGCCAUACAGCUUCACCCCGAGACGAGGAAUCCUUCUUCUAGUACUCUACUACACAGGCCUUCUGCCCUUCUGCCCUCUGGGAGAGAGCCUACUGCAGUUCUACCUACCCAGUGUAAUCAACAGGGGAUAUAUACCAGAGGAGGCUAUUUUCAAGAACAGAUUUGCAGUCUAUCUCAUUGAAAAACUGACUAUGAGAAAGUCUUUGUUUGAGCACUUGGUGAAGCGAGGCAUGCAGGUCCAUCUGUUCGUGUGCAACAACGAGAAGGACAUGGCUGAGGCUUUCGCAUUCGGAGCCACUGGAGUGAUGUCUGAUUAUCCCACCAUCCUAUCAGACUACUUGAAAAAACAUCCAGCUGUUUAAAAGUUUCAUAUAGCAAAUCAUCUGAGAACCAAAACACGACAACAUUCCAGUAU